GUUGCAGUGAACUAAAAUGAUGUGUUAAAUUUGUGAAGAUAACUAUUUUAACGAUGAAGAGACGAGAAUUUGUUUCUGAAUAUGAUGGUGCAAAGCGUCCUCGGUCUAGGAGAGAUUGGUCUGACGAUGGUUGGAAUUCUGAUGACAGCGUUAACAGGCACAAAUUACACAAGGAAAAUAAAUUUGGUGGUCCUGACAAAUGGAAUGAAGAUGAGUUUCACAGAAUCCACAGCCAUAAAAAAAGGGAUGAAUCAACCUAUAAGGGUGAUAGGAGAAGUAAAGAAGUCUGUGCAACUUCUUUGAAGGAAAAUAAUGUUGAUGACACUACACUUCCAUUAUACAAGGACUUGUGUAUUAGCUAUAUACCGAGUCGAAUUCCAAACUCUGAUUUAGAGGAUGGUUUGCUUAUAGAGUUUGAAAAAUAUGGCCAUGUUUCUGUUAAAAUAAUAAGUGAAGGUGUAGACAGACUGGCAUACAUCAGAUUUGCACAGCCCGAUGAUGCUAAAAGAGCGUACAAUUCCAUAGAGCUGCAUCCAUUACUGUUGGACAGUAGAAAGGUCGAAGUCAAGCCAUGUUUCAAACAGAUUCCGAGAGCAGAUGGACCAUUUAAAAAAUCAGAAACUAUCGGACACGGGAGCCGAUCCAGAAGAAGUUCUUUUGAUAACGUUCGAUAUGACAAACGAAGCAUUUCUCCUAAACCAGCCUCUCGUGCAGUGUCACAGUAUGAUGCUACCAGGUAUGCUAAUAAACAUUUUAGUGGAGAGGAAGGAUAUUCUGCAAGGACAGAAUUGGUGACUCCAACUCGUGUGCUGUUUGUUGGAAAUCUGCCACCUUACAUUCAGAGAAACAUCCUGCAAACUAUCUUUGAAGAAUAUGGCCGAAUAGAAGAUAUUGAUAUCAAGCACAACACAUACCUUGGUCAAAGUAAAACAUUUGCUUUUAUAAAGUUUUCUGAUAUUGAUUCUGCAAAAAAAGCCCGAGAUGUAUUACAGAACAGCUAUAUUGGAGAUAGACAAUGUAAAAUUGGAUAUGGGCAGAUGGAUGUAGAUGUUAUAAGAGAAAAAGAAGCUCGAGUAACAAACACCAAAGAAUCAACAUCUGAAGCUAAAUACAAGUCUCUUGUGGUUCGACCGAUUCCAAAUCAUGUACUUGUUUCACAUCUGCAGGAAACAUUUGAAGGCUUCGGUUCAAUGAACAUUGUAAUUGUCACCGUUGAAAACGAAAGAAUUGCUUAUGUUAACUUUCAAUAUCCUGAAGAUGCCAAAGCAGCUCAUGAUGGAAGUCAAAACCUGAAGAUCGCAGGAAAGUCAGCGAAGGUUGCUCCAUUUUACAAGUCGGAUGGUGAUGCUAAGGAAGAUAAGAAGUCUACCGAUCACAAGUUGCAUGAUCAUUUUAAUAAAGUUGAUGACCCAGAAGACAAAACAAAAUUGGAUGUUCAUGAUGUGAAAUAUUCUGCUAGUGAGACACCUACAAGAUUACUUUUUGUUGGAAAUCUGGAUACUGAUGUUAUGAAACACGAUUUGAUGAAUACAUUUGGCAAAUUUGGUAGUAUUGAGAACAUUGAUAUCAAAAGCUCUAAGCUUGGAAGAUCUUAUGCUUUAUUGAAGUUUAAAAGUCUUAGUUCAUCUGAAAAAGCAAACAAAGAUCUAUUUGGAAAGAAAAUUGGCAGUAGUGUUUGCAAACUAGGAUAUGGGCGUAUAGUAGACAAUACUGAUGAAGAUGGAUCUGAGAAACGUUAUGAAGGAACACAGAUUAAAGAAAAAAAGCCUAGAAUUACCGGCUUGUGUUUCAGUCAAAUUCCUAAAUCUGCAUCAGAUAAACUAGUGAAGUCUGUUAUAGAAGGCAAAUACAAGUCGUUUUUUAAAAGCAGACAUACAAAAGUGACGGUCAAAAUGUCAGGAAACUACAAAGUUGCAUUUGUUGAUUUUCAGCAUACUAGCCAAGCUACAAAAGCACUGAAUGCAAAGAUCCCAUUAAGAAUAAUGAAGAGACCAGUGAAGAUCUCUCCAGUUAUUACGUUGAAUAAACAUACAGUAAGUCAAAAGACUGACAAAGAGACCGUGGCAACAAAGGAGGACACUUUAGAACCUGAACUAGAUGAAAAAGCUACAAGAACCCUUUUUGUUGGCAAUCUGCCUGGAGACAUCACAGAAAAGGAGGUACACAAAAAGUUUGGGGAAUAUGGACAAAUUGAAUUUAUUACCAUUAAAAGACCAAAAGGCAAUACAUCAUAUGCAUUUGUUAAAUAUGCCAAUAUGGACUAUGCAUUCAAAGCUAAAGUAGAAAUGAAUGGGAAAAUGUUCAAGGAAUGCAAAGUAACCAUUGGUUAUGGAAAAUCGGAGAUUACAUCAUGUCUCUGGGUUGGAGGUUUAGGACCUUGGGUUAAGGAGGAAACCAUUAGGAAAGAAUUCAGACGCUUUGGAGAAAUCAGAAGAAUGAUAUGGCUAAAAGGAUCCAAUUUUGCAUAUGUCCAGUACGAAACUAAUGAUGCAGCACAAGCUGCUUGUCACAAGUUUCAUGGUUGGCCAAUGGGAGGUUUAGACAAACGACUCCGGGUUGACUUUGUUAGUGUGAAGCAAAUUCUCACUGCCCUAGCAGAAAGUAAAAAGACAAGUUCCAAAGAUGGAGCUAAUGAAUCUGACAAAGAUGAAACUGGAGACCUAUCUGAAGCACCAAGUCAAACUGCCUUGGAAAGUGAGUCUGCCUUGGAAAGUGAACCUGCAUUGGAAAGUUUGUCUUCUUUGGAAAGUGAAGCUGCCUUGUCUGUAUCUAAUAUUUCUGAUGACUCGUUGAGUGAAGACUUCAUUUCUCCAAGAAAUCAGAUACCUGAUUUAACCAGAAGUAGAAAUUCUGCUUCGCGGUCGCCUAGUGUUCACUCAUAUCAUGAGUCAUUAGGGGAUGAAGGGAGUGGUAUAUGGGCACAGCCAAGUGAGGGUUCUCUCAUAAUUAAAACACCGUUUUCACCGGCUGAUGAAAUAUCUCAGUCAGAAAGGACCGUUUUUGUUCAGUCUAAGAAUAUGGUUAGAGAAUAUGAUAACUACAUGCAUCAUCAAAGCCACCACAGAAAGCGAUCAACUGGUUCACGGGGUUCUCAGUCGCCUAGAGGAGUUGGUGAAUCUCUGCAGCGAGAAAUUAAACAUUAUCGAAGAGAAUCUGGCCUGCCAAAACACUUAGCAGAGUCGUAUGAUAAAGGCAGCAGUAGACCUAAUGACUUGUAUAAUGACAACGUUAGACAUACAGACUCCUAUAAUGACAGGCCUGCAGGUAGGGAUGUUAUGUACAGGAGAGAACAAGAGACAAGACAAUAUGCAGAGGUUCCUGUAGCAAAACAGUAUACAAGUGAUGAAGAACAUGGCAGAAGAAAGGAAAGGCAAAAGUAUCACGAGUCAAGUUUAUACAAACAAGAUUAUGCAGAACGAGAUGAUAAAUUUCGCUCAAAUACAGAAAGGUUGGAUGACUUUGAAAAAUCAGACCACUAUGAAAGAAGAAAUCAUCAGUCGUCCCAUGAUUUAUCUCCUGGAUAUGCCAGUAAAUCUAUUGAAUAUGGGCAUGGUAUAAGGAAUUUUUCGUCAGGUAUAAAAGAGAAUACAGCUAAUGCUGGUGUUGGAGUGUCACCGAAUGUGUUGGGGUGUGAACGAUCUUUCCAGUAUGAAAGUCUAGGUGCACUUAAUAGACCGGUACUAACUAGAACAACAGGCCAAGAACCAGUAGCUGCAUAUAAAAAUCAACUUUCUGGAAGCAACUCAUUGGAAUAUCCUAAGACGGUGAACAGAUUACCUACUCAUGAGAAUCCUUCAUCUGGUAUAAAUCCUGGACAUUUUGAACGAAGGCCGCCACCUGUGUUCUCUUAUCCAAAUAAUCAGAGACCACCCAUGUCUUAUGAUGAUCCUGCUCCUGCUGUACGCCAAACACAGUCAAAUAAAUUGCAUCAGCCAUUUCAACAGCCCACACCAGAACGUAAUUUUGUCUCCCAAGGAAAUACAUCUAAUCUUUCAAAUCCAAGAAUUCCACAGAUGAAUGGUCCAAGGAUGUCAGCUUCUGUACAGACACCACAAUUUCCAGUUGGACCGUUUCCCCAAAGACCUGUAAUGCAGAGAAUGCCACCGUCACCAGUUAAUUUCAGCCGUACAGAAUUUUCACAUCUAGGACAACGCAUUCAAGAACACGGGGCCGAAGGGCUUUACUCUAUGAUUAGUCGACCACAAAGAAAUCAGCCAAAUCCCAAAGGACCUGGCACUUUACCUUGGCAUAUUCAACAGUGAUUCCAAAAUUAUCUUUAAUAAGAAGGACGUGUUGUUUUCAUGUAUUGUUUUGGUUCUUAUGAAUUUGUGUGUGGAUGUUGGAAGACUGGGAUAAAACUUCGAUGUGGACAAAUGUGGAAAGCCAAUUUCAUAAUUAACAUUUACCAAGUUAUACAUAAUCGUGUUUUGUUUUGUGUGUAAUAUUUCUUGCAAUCAAGGCUUUUAGCAUUAUUUGCUCUUCCAAGUUGUAUGGAAAGAGUCCACUGAUGAAGUGCAUUGAAUGUUGAUUUUGUAACACUGAUUUUUGAACUUAUGUGUAUACAUUGAGUGAGGGGACAGUUUUCCACCUCUGGCUUCUAUUACAAUUCACUAUUCAGUGCAUGUUCCAUUGUGUUGUUUACAUUUUAAUCAACUAUACGUAUUUGGCCGCAGGAAAGUAGUACCAGUUGACAAUUGUCGAAAUGUGAUGUUAAACUACUGUCUGUUCUACUGGUGAAUUUAAUCUAAAGAUUUUCAAAAUGUAAUAUAGUGGGAAUUGCAUUAACAACUUUCAUAGCUAAAGAUAUCAACUUCCUUGAGGAAGAACGUGAUUCUUUGAGGAAAUGUUUUGGAUUUUCCAUUUUAUGGAUCAUCUGGGUGAUAACACAAACGUUACUUUGUGGGAAAGUAUUGAGUUCUCGAAAUGCUACACAGUAUUAAUGCGUUGAGUGUGUUUAAGUAAUGCAAUUUCACAGUGUAAAAAUUGGAUCUUCACAUACGUGUUUUUGGUUGCUUCUUCAUUAAUGGAACAGUUUUUAAAAAACCCUGGUAUGAGACAUUAUUUAGUUAAUGUGAAAAUUGGCGUAACUUCACGGACGAUAUAGAUAUUGGAUGCAAUUAAAAACAACUGUUAAUAGCAGUCAGUAUGACCACCAUCUAUGUCCAACACUGAAAUACAUUGUCUACAUGAAAAGAUGGUGUCAAUGACAACCUGAUGUACCAUACUAUAUCCUCUUGGAAGAUGUCGCCAAUUAAAAGUUGUCAGGUGGGGCUAUGGCAUGAAGUUAACAUUGAUGGGAACCAAAUCAGGGAUAUCAAUACACCAAUGCUCUGCUGCUGUAACCUGAACGGUAACGUGACCACAUAAAUUAUGAACUUGUGUUCUGCUGUGAAAACGUAACACUCACCAGACCUUGAUACUGAGCCAUCCGUUAAUCGGCUGUCCACAACGGUGUAAAAUGUUCUCUAAUAUAAUGGACUGACAUUUCAGUGACUUGAGUGGAAAUCAUGAUUUGUUUAUAAACAGAACUCUCCCACUGCCUUUGAAUCGAUUACUGAUUUGUUUUAUACCACUAACAUUAGCUACCAAUGUCUGUGUUCACUAUUGGACUGAUGCAGGGUUUAUGGAUGUGUAAUAGCUGAAGUAAUUAUAUAUGACUUGUGGACUGAUGAAUCCUGUUAUUCAAUGGAUGGUUGCUGCUAGAUGGAACCUGUCCCUCUGUCAAGUAUAUGUGACGGACUUUGGCAUGGAUCGUGACACGUUUGUCCUGGUCAUGGAACGACAUGCAUAGUGUCGGUUUUCUGAAGACAUUGAGACAGUGUUACAGAAACGUAAUCUUGAAAUACAAUCGGUUCCAGUUUUUUGUUUUACCCAACAGACCUUAUUUUGCAGAAUCUCCAUCAUUGUAAACAUGAAACUUAAUUUUCUUAAAAUCAGUGUCCCCGAAUCCUGUUGACGCAUGUGCUUCCUAUGGUGUAUCAUAUUUUAUGGUCAACGUUGGCCAAUUUCCAGCACCCAUUGUGUUUAAAGUUUUUUUUGUAUAUAUGUUCUCAUGUGAUGGGUGAUGUUUGUAUGAUAAAGGUGAAAAAUGUAUAUAGUGCAGGAUUCGACCAUUACGUGAUUGUUGCUUGUUGGCAAGUCUGGGGGUUUUGUUUUAGUGAACAGUGGAUUGCUAUACUCGACCACAACUGGAAAAUGUUUUUAAAAGUACCCAAUGCUAAUAUUACAUUUACGUGUUAAAAUUACAAUUCUAGAAGAUGCUGACUGGAAGAAUGAGUACAUUGCCAGAAAGAACUGAACAAUUGGCUUGCUUUUUGUACUGAAAUGUGUGCCUAUAAAAGGAAUGAGCAAAAUCUAUAAAUGUAUUAUACAUUAUUGGUUAUUAUUUGUUAUAAAAUAUUGUGUUAUAUGGUUACAUUUGCAUUAUUAUGGGGUUUUUUUUGGGGGGGGGGGGGGGGGGGGGGUUAAGUAAUUUCCUAAAGAAUAUUACCGUAAUUUAUCUUGGCAUCACAAUUAUUUUUGUGGUAGAACAUUUUAUUUAUUCCUUACAGUUGUGUGUGGGAGUAAAGUGAAAUCAGAUCUUACUGUUCUCUUGGCCUUGUUUCAGUUAGUAAAACUAGACAAAAAACAGUGUUAAACUGUGACCUCAUACCAUUUAAUGCAACCAAUCAAACCACUUCUAGCAUAGAUCUCCUAGCCCCAUAGUAGGUCAUGUGGAAUUGAUAUCCAUCGCAGAGGAUCAUGUGGACUAGAAAUGACAGUUGUGAAUUCAAAAUGGUAACGGUUCAUGCAUAUUAAAACUGACAAAGAUUCAUGUGGAUUAGAAAUGAUAAAGGGUCAUGUGGAUUAGAAUGACAAAGUAGUGUUUGGACUAGAAAUGACAUGCACUUAAGUCGGAUCCAUCACGACUUUUACAUCAAAGGCUGUGGUAUGUGUUAUGUCUGUGGGAUGGUGCAUAUAAAAGAUCCCUUGCUGCUAAUUAAAAAGAGUAGCCCAUGAAGUGGCAACAGCAGGUUUCCUCUCAAUAUUUUUGUGGUCCUUAACCAUAUGUCCGACGCCAUAUAACCGUAAAUAAAAUGUGUUGAGUGCGUCGUUAAAUAAAACAUUUCCUUCCUCCAGUCGGAUCCACCGAGUCGGAGGCGAAAAGGACAGUAGACUGAUGCCAGUCAGAAUGGUUAUGACGUCAGAUGAAUCCGACAUAGGCUGCACAAUUACAUUUUGUUUCUGGACACAUUGUCGUCAUUCUUUGAUUUGGAAACUGUUCACCAGCAUCAUACAGUAUCAGCAUCACAACGGGGAUGGUGCUGCUAUGCGAAUGUACGCUUUUGACAUUUGGUGGGGGUAGAGGGAGGGUAAAACAUUAACGCAAAAUUUAAAAUACCAUGUGUACAAUUGUGAAAAGGUUCAUAAGGUAUAACAUCCGUCUGUUUCUGGUUAUUUUGACUGAUUUAUCCUUUUAAAAUAAAACGAAUUUCCAAGAAAAUGAUACAAAACACCCACUUUGGUGUUGUGAUGAUAAUUUACAAUAUAAAUACUAUUUCUAAAUAUUUUCCCUACCCACCUACUCUUCCCCCCCACCCCUAGCAUGUUAUAGAAAACCUGCAACUAUUUUUCUUCAGCCUCAUCGUCAGCUGUACAUAAGACCAACUUUCAACAUGUAACUAUAGUUUGGUGAAUUGUUAAAUUAUACCUACCAAAGACGAAACUGUACUUUAAAUCUUACAUCAAAGAUGUCCGCAUAACCAUGUUAUUUUUUGUGUUCUUUUACACGGUUACUUCCUGUUGUGCUGUAUAUUGUAUAUCUAGAAUUGUAAAAUACGAUUUAAUUAGUUGACCAAUUAUAUGCAUCUGAUUUAUGUUUACUGUUCAAGUCGGUGGAUUUAAUGUUAAUGCAUGCAAAUCUGUCGUUUUAUAUAACAGACUUUCAUAUACGUUUGUGUAUGUGCGUAUGUAUGUGUGUGUAUAUAUAUAUAUAUAUAUAUAUAUAUAUAUAUACACACACGUAAAUGUAUGUACAGUUACAUUUUUAACUAAUGAAAUGACUUGAAUAACUAUUUUCAAAUGGCUGUCGUUAAGCUGAAAGUAACUUGAGAGACGAACGAAUCAUGGUACACGCCAAUCCUGUAUGUGCGAGUCCUCAGCGGAGCCCUUCCCUGUAGGUGUUUAUUACUAUUAUUAUAAUUAUUAUAUUAUAUAUAUAUAUAUAUUUUUUACCUACAUGUCAUCACAGCUGUACUUAUUCCAUUGAGCUCUGUCCGAUGCUCGUUUUUAUUCAGUAAUUCAGUAAACUAGUCUGGGAAUGGCAGUCGUCUUUGUGGCGGUGCAAGGAGGAUGAAAUCGUCAGGAAUGGCUGUCGUAUAGACAAGACACUAGAUAGAGAUUCAUGGAAUCAACCACUAUUUUGCCAAUUAACCUUUUGAUCCUUAAUUGUGCUUGAUAUCACGUAUUACGGUGUUAUCGUUCAGAAUUAGUGCACCGACUAGACGAACAAGGAGCCAGAGAGCUAAAAGACCAUUUUUCGAGGGGCGACUCGCUGCCGCCCUAUUUCCGACCAAUCCACCCGUAGCUAGUUGCAACUGUGAAAACUUCAAAGAGCAUGUGGGGGUUUCUCUGGCAAUUCCGUUUACUCAUUGCAGGAAUUCUAUUAAUUGUGCAUUAGUCAGAUGAACAUCCCUCUGAACAUAACACACUGGUUAAUAUAUAUAUGUGAAGCCUGUUGGGACUGAAUUCAUAACCAAUACACCGCUCAGUGGGUAAUUUGGGACUACUACACCAACUUGUUUCCCUCUAACCAUUAACCUCUGCCCUGAACAGUAUAAGUUGUUUUGUUUCAGGAUGCCACUUGAGCACACUUGAUUAAUAGAUUGGAUGUCAAACAUUUGGUACUUAAGAGAAACCCACUACAUGAUUCCUUUAGCAUUAAGGGACAUUUUAUAUGCACCUUUACACAUAAAAGACCGUACAUACCACAACAUUUUGUAUACCAUGGCCCAUAUUUUCGAAACUGUCUUAGCAACGAUAUCGUAAAAAUUACUAGUGAUGUCAUAACAUGACUUUUUUUUUACUAUAUCGUAGUGCUAAGAUGGGUUCGAAAAUUUGGGAUGGGGGUCUGCCAAGGAGUUUCAAUCCUAGUCUAGAACACACAAACCAGGUAAUUGAGGUGUGUUUUCGAAACAUUGUAUGAGCAAAAAGUAAUGGGGUAAUAAGGGAUUAAAAUACCAAUGGCCUCGUGGAAAUUUGAAGUCAUUUAUACUAAAAGUUCAGGACUUGAGAAAAAAUAUUUUAUGUGUUGUACUGCCAUUUUGUUUUCACAUAUGUUACUGGAAAUGGAAAAUAAAAUACUGAAAGCAA